UCAAAGUAUCAAUAAAAAACAAAGUUCUUUUUUCAUAUUUUCUGUCGUUCGUCUAUUUUUGUUAGGCUGGUAUCUAUGAUUUAAAUAAAUUUAAGAAAUUAGUUUUUUCGGAAGUAAUUAAAAGAAAUCUACAAGAUAAUAUUUUUUAAGUAAUGUGUAAAAAUCCCAGUGAGUCGGUUUAAAUAAUCACGAUAUGGAAAUAUCCUUUGAAUAACCAUGUAAAAACUCUCACAAUAGCAAAUUAAAUAACGACUGUCCUGUGUACAUAUGAGAGUGAUGUCUUAUUCAUGUAGUGUGUGUAAUAAAAUAUUUACACAGAAAGGUAGUUUAAAUAGACACAAUCGCAUUCAUACGGGAGAAAAGCCAUUCUCAUGUGGUAUAUGUAAUAAAACAUUCAUCGAGAAAGCUGCAUUAAAUGCACACAAUCUUAUUCAUUCCGGAGAGAAGCCAUUCUCAUGCAAUAUGUGUGAUAAAAAAUUCGCGCAGAGAGGUAAUUUAAUUAGACAUUUAGCCAUUCACAAUGAUGAGAAACUAUUUUCUUGUAAUGUAUGUAAAAAAAUAUUCACUGAGAAAGAUAAUUUUAAUAAACAUUCUAUUGCUCAUAAUGGAGAGAAAUCUUACUCAUGUUGUGUGUGUGACAAAACAUUCUCAAAGAAAAAUAGUUUAAAUCGUCACUCUCUUGUUCAUAAUUGGGAGAAAUCUUUUUCUUGUAACGUGUGUGACAAAUCUUUCAAGGCUAAAACUACUUUAAUUCAGCACCAUCUUGUUCAUACUGGAGAAAAACCCUUUUCAUGCAAUGUAUGUGAUAAAACUUUUGCAAAGCGAAAUAAUUUAAAUCGUCACUAUCUUGUUCAUUAUGGCGAAAAAUCUUUUGCAUGUAGUAUGUGUGACAAAUCAUUCAAAUUAAAAACUCAUUUAAUUCAGCAUUAUCUUUCUCAUACUGGAGAAAAACCUUAUUCAUGUACUGUGUGUGCGGAAACAUUUUCAAAAAGAAAUAGCUUGAAUCGUCACUAUCUUGUUCAUUAUGGAGAAAAGUCCUUUUCAUGCAAUGUGUGCAAU